UCUCUCCCACUACUUCCUCCUCCAGCUCCCCCAUAUCCCUCUGCCCUUUCCAAUGCAUCCCUACGGAAAGCUCCCACAGCCGCAGGGGACUUCCAACGCGACAAGUCCGCCGCCGCCAGCAGCCACGCCUGCGAGCGGACCCCCUCCCAACCCUCUCAGACCAAGCUACGGCCUUGUAACGGACAGGGAUAGGGACAGAGAGAGGCAGACUUUAGGAAACCCAUACUCGUACCCUUCUCCCCUUCAACGCCCUGACCCGCCAUCCUCAUCCAGUUCAUCGCAUUCGCACCAGCAAAGACAUCAGCACCACCACCAUCAUCAUCAUCAUCAUCCAUCCGGCGCAUCCUCAGCAGGCAGCACUCCACGGGAUGAGCGCACAAAUCCUUAUGCACCUCCUCCACCCGGUGCAGGCACCGCCCGUAAGCCCGAUAUGCUCGGAGUCGGUCUCGGGGCGGGGCUGGGCAGGCUGAGCGGCGGCUACGGAUUAUUCGGAAAUAGUCCUUUUAGGGAGCAGGAAAUGCGAGAUAGGGAGCGUCAAGAGCGGAUUCAGCGUGAACGAGAGCGCGACUUGAAGCCACCCGCGCCAACGUCUCCUACCCGACGAGCAUCCAUUUCAACGACUCCGGGGAACUCCUAUCCGCGCCCAUCUCUUCCCCCAUCCCCUACCAAUACGAUGCGUGGCGGCCUACCAGCCUCGAAUACAGUAACAGGUAAACCUUCAAUUUCACCUCAGCUCCCACCAGCCAGCGCCGGUUCCGCUUCCGCUUCCCGACCGAGUCUUCCGCUUCCAAACUUUUCGUCACUUGGCUCUCGUUCUCUCCCUUCUCCGUUUGAACGUGACACUCGAGAGCGAUCGACCAGCGGCAGUGCACACCCCUCUCCGGCUGUACCCUCAACUCAAGAAGUACCUCCAUCCGUAGGCGGACACGCUCGCUCAUUGAGUAAUUCAAGCGCUCGUGAGAUCCCUGGUUUGUCUGGCAAUGAUCGAAGCCCACCCAAGCCUUCUGCGCCAAGCACCGCCCGGUCGCUUUAUGCAGGCGGACCUCCUCCACUGAGUGGUUCACAGGGGAACAGGGAUCGCGAGGUCCAGCGAUCUCCCGUGACAAGAGCCCCCACAGCUGCUUCUCCUCGCGAACCGUCUAGAGACAAUAUUUCACCUCCAGUUGCUGCUUCCAGUGCCAAGCCGCCGCCUUCGCAAGCGCCUUCGGCAGGUGGACCUCCGUCUGGCGCUCCUACAUCAGGCCGAGCGCCUUAUACCUCAUCUUAUGCGUACCCGUCAAACCCUGCAUACGCUGGUUCUUUUGGGGGGUUUGGUCUGUCCAGUUUUGGUGGCUAUGGAGCGUUUGGCGGACCACGAUGGGACCAUGAACGCGAGCGUGAGGCUCGAGAGGCACGGGAAAGGGUUGAGAGGGAAGGAAAGCGAGAUGAAGAAGAUAAAAGAAAGAAGGAAACCGAAAGGCAAAGGGAGAAGGAAAGGGAAGAGAGGGAACGGGAAAAGUGGAAGGCCGCUCGGGAACAAGAUCAACGUGAGCGGGAGCGAAGAAGCUCCUUGUCCACUCCUUCUGCAGCGCCUGGUUCCGGUGCUGCCGGCGCCAGGCAGCCUGACCCAUACAGGCGCAAUACUGGAUCAUUCGAAGGCAAGCCAUCAUCAGGCUACACGCGACAUAUUGAAGUCCUCAAUCACCCGGAUCCUAGUGCUCAGCCUGCAGCUACUUCCCAAAACGCCGCAAACUCUGGUUACGAGAGAGAGACAUCAGUGAUUCAGCAGGUAGCUCCUACUCGUGAGCCAAGGCCGUACGGCUACAAGCCCGAGCCGGUCACCCGCGAGACGCCUCCUGUCCAACCACCUAUUCGCGAGCCUGCAGUCAGUCAGAUGCCUCGUGAGAGCUUGAGCACUACAGCCAACCGUGAACCACGUCCUGAAAGGGAAUACUACCAGACCAUUCCUCCUUCUGCCCCCGUAGUCCCUCCUAUCCCUGUCACUGCACCAGUUCAGCCUCCCAGAGAAAAGCGCAGUCGCAUGGACACUGUCGUUGAAGAUGCUCAAGUCGCCCAUCAGGCCCAACAAGCUCAACGACGAAGUAGUCAGGCAAAGAGCAAGCGCCGCAAGUUGGAGGAGGACAAGAUGACCCAGGCUCACCAUGGUAUGAGCCACUCACAUGCUUCGUACGGUAAUCACCAUGCUCAUGGACGACAUUCGCCUGUGAUGGACAAGCGUGACUUUGCCUCCAUCGUUCAGCUUCCGCAGAAGAGAGUCGAGGUAUCUUCCGCACCUGUUGAAGCGUGGCUCAAAGGUCUCCCUUCCUUAUCGAGGGUGAUCGGUACAGUUGACUACACUGGUAAGCCAUUCACUCUGGCCAAAACGGGUCUGGUGAAACCGGAAAACGAAGGAGGUGUUAUCGUCGUGAGGAUUGGUGGAGGCUUCUUGGGCAGAGGUUGGAGAGUACGAGGUGAACCAGGCUGGGAUGAUGCAGGCACCAAGCAAGUGGGCAAUGUUGUCUGCGGCGCCGAGGAUCCUAAACGAGCAUGUUGGGGAACAGAUGUCUACACUGAUGACUCUGAUCUUGGCCUUAUCCUUGUCCACGCCGGAUGGAUAAGGUGGUCAGCUUUGCCAUCUUUACAGAGUCCCCAGGAUAGGAAGAAGGACGAGCAAGAGUUUAUCAAUGUGACCGUACGACUUGUGCCGAAGUUGGUCAGGUAUACCGGGACCGAGAGAAAUGGGUUCAAGACGCGAGGAUGGGGUAAUGGACAUGACGGGAGCAGUGUUGUCGUUGAAAGGGUAGAACGUGUCAAGAUUGACAGGAAGUACCUGGCGUCACGUAAACGCAAGGCUCGCAUUUCCGAAUGGGCGCACCAGCGGGCCCUCGUCUGUCCUAUUCCACCAUCAAAGCAGGAAGAUGAAGAGGUGAAGGAAACUAUCCUUCUCACCACUACUGUGCCUACCGAAUCCCUGAUCCUCUCUGCCAUUAAUGUCGGUGGAAAGGACGUUGCAGUCUCCGGCGCGUUCAAAUACAGCCCUGAUAUGUUGAAGGGUUGGCUGGAUGUGCCAAUUGAGGGCGAUGAAUUGGACAAGAGUCUGUGGGAAUACAAGCUCAUCCUUGAGGGAUCCAGUGAAACAUACCAAAUAUCCAUGAACAAGGAGUCAACAUACAAAUACCCGCUCAUUAACCUCACCCAACUCCUUCCUUCUGACACAACACCGAAAGAAAUCUUUGCAUCCCACCCGGCAUCGGGAAUCUAUCUUUUGGAUGAUGGCUUCGCCGCGCAGUUACAAGGGGAAAAAGGAGUACUUUUUAAAGUUGAGAAAUUCAGGUGGGAAAAACUGAAGGAAGGCGAGGUAGGAGCUUGGGCGAUUGAAGAGGAAGAGGCGGUGCCAGCUGUUGAAGAGAUUGUCGAUGACGUCCCUGUGGAGGAAGCGAAAGAACCAGCUCCUCAUGGCGAUGAGGAGAUGGCUGUGGACACACCAGAAGUGAAUGGUACCAACGGUAUCAACGGACAUGUUCGCAUGAAGGAGGAGCAAAUGGACGUCGAUGGUUAUUAACCGUAUGCGGUACAUAGACAAGGAAUGUCUUAAACGCAAUUUUCAUAACUCUUGGUAUAAGGCUUGUAAAAACAACGUCUGCAUGGAAUAUGGCUUUGAUACGUGAUCAAAAUAAUGAAACACCUUCGCAAUUAAAUA